CCCCACACUGGUGAUUAAUUACAGCCAGGCCGCGUGACAGAGGUGGGAGCUCUCCCGGUGCUUUCUGCAGCCGACGUGGAGGGAAACCCAGUCUGGCUAAUUGACCCGGCUUCUGUAAGGCCAUCCAUCAACCGUGGCCCGAGUGGCCCCCUAAGAAACACAUUAUUCAGAGAGAGAGGGGGAGACCAGAGAGGAAGGCAGCAGAAAAAUUGGAGGGAAGUGUAUGUGAGCGAUUGAGAGAGGGAGAGUGUGCAAGCAUUGGAGAGAGAGAGAGAGAGGGAGAGGGAGAGAGAGCAGCGCUGCAGUAGCAUCCCACAGCAGACGGCUGAGGACUGCCGAUGUGUGUGUGACUGCACUGCUGAAGAGGAGGAGGAGGAGGAGGCAGAGGGUGAGCACGCUCGCAGACUCCGCAGGGCCAUUGAGGAACACAGAACAGCAGCGGCAGCGCUAGUGUUGGCCGGCACCAGGUAAAAGUCCCAGCGCUGUUGCCCCGCAGACCACCGCCGUAGGAUCUGGACACGCCAACGCCGCCCACACCCCCACUACCAACGCCAUGGCACAAGCCGCCAAACAUCUCCGCAAGAACAAGGAUUUAGAAGCCCAGCUAGAACAAGAGCGCAAAGAGAAGGAGGAGGAGAGGAACAAAAAAAGGAGUCGCUCACGGGAUAAAAAACGCAAGGCAGAUGCUGGCAACAGUUUUCUCCGAGCGGCCCGGUCUGGCAACCUGGACAAGGCCCUGGACCAUAUCAAAAAUGGCAUCAAUAUAAACACAGCCAAUCAGAAUGGGCUCAACGGGCUUCAUCUGGCCUCCAAAGAAGGCCACGUUAAAAUGGUGCUGGAGCUACUCCACAAUGGAAUCGUACUGGAGACCACCACAAAGAAAGGGAACACAGCCCUGCACAUUGCAGCCUUGGCAGGGCAGGAGCAGGUGGUCACGGAGCUGGUUAACUACGGGGCCAAUGUCAACGCUCAGUCCCAGAAGGGUUUCACUCCACUCUACAUGGCUGCACAAGAAAACCAUCUAGAGGUUGUGAAGUUUCUUCUGGAGAACGGAGCCAAUCAGAGCAUUCCAACUGAGGAUGGAUUCACUCCUCUCGCCGUGGCUCUUCAGCAGGGACAUGAGAAUGUCGUAGCUCUGCUCAUCAACUAUGGCACCAAGGGAAAGGUCCGCCUCCCUGCACUGCACAUUGCAGCACGCAACGACGAUACUCGAACAGCCGCAGUGCUUCUGCAGAAUGACCCCAAUCCUGAUGUACUGAGCAAGACUGGAUUCACACCCCUCCACAUUGCUGCACACUAUGAAAAUUUGAACGUAGCUCAACUGCUGCUCAAUAGAGGAGCCAAUGUCAACUUCACCCCAAAGAACGGCAUCACUCCUCUGCACAUUGCAGCCAGACGGGGGAAUGUGAUCAUGGUCCGACUCCUGCUGGACAGAGGGGCUCAGAUUGACGCCAAGACCAAGGAUGAACUGACUCCUCUGCACUGUGCAGCUAGAAAUGGUCAUGUCAGGAUUAUAGAGAUCCUGCUGGACCACGGAGCCCCUAUCCAGGCAAAGACUAAGAAUGGCCUGUCUCCAAUCCACAUGGCAGCACAGGGGGACCACAUGGACUGUGUCAAGCAGCUUCUACAGUACAACGCAGAGAUCGAUGAUAUCACGCUGGACCACCUUACCCCUCUGCAUGUGGCAGCGCACUGCGGCCACCACCGCAUGGCCAAAGUGCUGCUGGACAAAGCGGCAAAACCCAACUCUCGGGCAUUGAAUGGCUUUACUCCUUUGCAUAUUGCUUGUAAAAAGAACCACAUGCGUGUGAUGGAUCUCCUGCUUAAACACUCUGCAUCAAUAGAGGCUGUGACUGAGUCUGGCCUGACCCCCUUGCAUGUGGCAUCAUUUAUGGGUCAUCUCAACGUUGUGAAGGUCCUGCUGCAGAAAGGAGCUUCCCCCAGUGCCUCCAAUGUGAAAGUGGAGACUCCUCUUCAUAUGGCAUCUCGGGCAGGACACUAUGAGGUGGCAGAGUUUUUAUUAGAGAACGCAUCACCGGUGGACUCCAAGGCCAAGGAUGACCAAACACCUCUGCAUUGUGCCGCUCGGAUGGGGCACAAGGAGCUAGUGAAGCUGCUGCUGGAGCACAAAGCCAACCCCAACUCCACCACCACAGCAGGCCACACACCCCUACACAUAGCUUCCAGGGAAGGUCACGUACAAACUGUACGCAUCCUGCUGGACAUGGAGGCUCAACAGACCAAGAUGACCAAGAAAGGCUUCACUCCGCUUCAUGUGGCCUCCAAGUACGGCAAGGUGGAUGUAGCAGAGCUGUUAUUGGAGAAAGGAGCCAACCCUAAUGCUGCUGGGAAGAAUGGUCUGACUCCGCUGCAUGUUGCUGUACAUCACAACAACCUGGAUGUUGUUAACUUGCUUGUCAGCAAGGGAGGGUCGCCGCAUAGUGCAGCCAGGAAUGGCUACACCGCCCUCCACAUAGCAUCCAAGCAGAACCAGGUGGAGGUGGCUAACAGCCUGCUGCAGUACGGCGCUUCAGCCAAUGCUGAGUCACUGCAGGGAGUCACACCUCUCCACCUGGCCUCACAGGAAGGAAGGCCUGACAUGGUCUCCCUUCUCAUCUCCAAACAGGCCAACGUCAACCUCGGAAACAAGAGUGGAUUAACACCCCUCCAUCUGGUGGCACAGGAAGGACAUGUUGGCAUCGCAGAUAUCUUGGUGAAGCAAGGGGCUUCAGUCUACGCUGCCACGCGGAUGGGUUACACCCCUCUCCAUGUAGCGUGUCACUAUGGCAACAUCAAGAUGGUGAAAUUCCUCCUGCAGCAACAGGCCAAUGUCAACAGCAAAACAAGGGUUGGUUAUACUCCUCUGCACCAGGCGGCCCAGCAGGGACACACAGACAUUGUGACACUGUUGCUGAAACAUGGAGCUCAGCCCAACGAGAUAACAACAAAUGGUACUUCAGCCCUGGCCAUUGCUAAGAGAUUGGGCUACAUCUCUGUGAUUGACGUCCUAAAGCUCGUCACUGAGGAGACGGUUUCCAUGACGACCACAGAGAAACAUCGCAUGAGUUUCCCAGAAACAGUGGAUGAGAUACUGGACGUGUCUGAAGAUGAAGGAAUUGCACAGCUAACAUUAGGAGAGGAGCUCUUGGGGACAGAAGGGGCCAGGUACAUGAAGAUGGAUGACAUGAAAGACCAUGAUGACGAUUUCCUCUCUCCCAAGAAAUCACUGGAGUACGAGAGAGGGCUGGGCACAGCAGAUUACUCGCCAGCCAUUCCCAGGAUUCCCAGAGUCUCUCCGGAAACCGUUAUCCUGAAAGAACACGAGCUAGAUCAGCAACACACUCCACUUCCACUGCCCAAAGAAUAUGAUGAUGACUCACUGAUUCCCAGCAGCCCAGCGACGGAGACGUCAGACAAUGUCAGCCCGGUCGCCAGUCCCAUACACACAGGGUUCCUGGUCAGUUUUAUGGUAGAUGCUCGGGGCGGCUCAAUGCGAGGCAGCAGGCAUAACGGUCUGCGUGUCAUCAUACCUCCGCGAACCUGUGCGGCACCCACCCGCAUCACCUGUCGCCUGGUGAAGCCACAGAAGCUGACCAGCCCUCCUCCGUUGGUGGAGGGAGAGGGCCUGGCCAGCAGGAUCAUCUCCCUGGGGCCAGCCGGGAUGCAGUUCCUGGGACCAGUGAUAGUGGAGAUCCCCCACUUUGCUGCUCUGGGUCGUGGUGACAGGGAGCUCGUGGUGCUGAGGAGCGAGAAUGGCUCAGUCUGGAAAGAACAUCGCAAUCGCUACGGCGACGAGGUGCUAGAAACAAUCCUCAAUGGGAUGGAUGAGGAAUUAGAAAGUCAAGAAGAGCUCGGCAAGAAGCGAAUCCGUCGCAUCAUCUCCACCGACUUCCCCCUUUACUUUGCUGUUGUGUCACGAGUCCAGCAAGAGAGCGACCUGAUUGGACCAGAAGGAGGUUCGCUGACAAGUAAUCUGGUGCCAUUAGUCCAGGCCACAUUUCCUGAGACGGCAGUCACCAAACGAGUCCGCCUGGGGCUGCAGGCUCAGCCAGUUCCAGAUGAGCUGGUUGCAAAGCUGCUGGGUAACCAGGCAAACUUUAGCCCUGUGGUCACUGUGGAGCCUCGGCGGCGCAAGUUUCACCGACCCAUCGGACUGCGUAUACCCCUGCCCCCGUCCUGGAGGGACAGCCCCCGAGACUCUGGGGAGGGCGACACCACCAGUCUGCGUCUGCUUUGCUCUGUCAUAGGUGGCACAGCCCCAGCCCAAUGGGAAGACAUUACUGGCACCACCAAGCUUAUGUAUGCUAAAGACUGUGCCAGUUUUACAACCAAUGUUUCAGCACGAUUCUGGCUCGCAGACUGUCCUCGGACAGCUGAGGCCGUCUCCUUUGCCAACCUGCUCUACAGAGAGCUGUCAGCUGUACCAUACAUGGCCAAGUUUGUGGUGUUUGCAAAGAUGAAUGAGCUGCGGGAGGGCCGCCUGCGCUGCUACUGCAUGACCGACGAUAAGAUGGAUAAAACCCUGGAACAACAUGAGAACUUCACAGAGGUGGCUCGCAGCAGAGACAUAGAGGUGAUGGAGGGAAUGCCGCUUCACCUGGAGUGUUCAGGGAAUCUGGUGCCUGUGAGGAAGGCCACCCAGCAGCCUCGCUGCUUCAGCUUCCAGGCGUUCAGAGAUAACCGGCUUCCUGUCUCUGUUAAGGUGAGAGACAGCAGUAAAGAGCACACUGGAUUUCUGUCUUUCCUGCGCAAGUCCACAAAAUAUGAGGACAGCCAACAUGUGCUCUGUAACCUCAACAUUACCAUGCCUCCUUGUAUCAAGAUUGUUGGGAGUGAAGACCGGAGGCGAACUCUGACCCCGCUGGCUUUAAGAGAAAGAUACAGCGCCCUAAAUGAACCCGCUAUGGCAUCAAUGAGCGCCAUGGAGAGGACAGAGCUGAAGAUGGCUGUGAUUGCAGAACAGUUGGGACUGAGCUGGGCUGAGUUGGCACGCGAGCUUCAGCUCAGCGUGGAUGACAUCAAUAAGAUCCGUGUGGAGAAUCCUAACUCGCUGCUGGAGCAGAGCUCUGCACUGCUCAACCUGUGGGCCACCCGCGAGGGCAAGAGGGCCAAGAUGGAGAGCUUGUACGCAGCUCUGAAGAGUAUUGACCGUAUGGACAUAGUCAACAUGUUGGAGGGCCAGCCGCCUCAGCCUGCGAGACAAGGCUCCCGCGAUUUCAGCAGACGUCGAAACAAUGAGAGAGACAACCUCUCCCCUGGUAUGACCAAUGGUUAUGGGCUCGCGCAGGACGAGCUUCUCUCACCGGCCUCCAUGCAGUACAGCCUGCCCUCCCCGCUGGGCGCUGAGCCUUACUGGCAAGAAGUCUCCAGUCUGGACUGUGCUCCCAUUGCCACCACAGAAGAAGACACCCUCAUGGAGAUGUCUGAUGUGCAGGUGUGGCCCUCAGGCAACAGCCCAUCCCUGGUGCCUGUGGAGGACUCUUCGCUGGAGUGCAGCAAUGCUGACGAUUCAGAAGGUCUGCUGGGGCUGCCGUAUGGAAGCCUGGGUCGGCCAGCUAGUCAGGCCAGCGUACCCAGCGGAAGGGGUGGGGUACUGAGUGGCUCCAUUGAGCUGCCCGAAGACGAUUCAGAGAUGGGCGUUGACUCACUCAGCACAGCCACGCCAGCCUCGCUUGGGGGCACCAUCGCUGGGAUCAAUCUUAACCGGCUGAACAAUGGUCAGGGGUCAGAGGCAAGUUCGGAGGUAUCAGCAGUUACCAGUACAACUGGUGGAGGUGGAGCUGGAGGAGGAGGAGGAGGAGGAGAAGGAGGGACGGGCUCAGAGGAAGGGCUUUCUCUUGUUGCAGGACAGCAAAGGGUGUAUGCUCGGCUGAGUGAGUCACCUGGUCUGAGCUGUGUUGCAGACCGAAAUGGAGACAGGUCAGGUAAUGGUGGAAACGGAGGCGGUGGAGGCUCUUUCCUUUCCUACCUGCAGGAACAGUCAGGCCCGGGGUGGAUCCCUGUCACGGACCCUACACAGGCCUGGGUGGGCAGUCAGCCUAAGCCCAGGCAGGCCAUGGACACCAUGAUAUCAUCAGUAUGUAACGCCGUAGAUGGCGACCAGUCCCACAUAUCCCAGGAGGCCUUGCUUCAGCCUGUGAGGGACAUGGGGCACUCAGAGAUCUUACGGGGGCACUUCAGGGGUACCCAGCCAUUUGAGAAGGGUUUGGGCUUCCCACACAGAGUACCAGAGCUGAGGGCCUGGGACGAUGUGCGCCUGAAGGGCCAGUUUGCUGGGGAUCAAAGCGGGGUGAUGUGGGCCCUAGUGACAGAGCUCCUCUUCAGCUUCGUGCUGCUGGCUUUCCUGGUCAUCAGCUGUCAGAAUGUCCUCCACAUUGCCAGCGGCUCUGUGCGGUCCGUGCUCACUUACAUACACGCUCAGCUGGACCGUGAGCUCGGCGAGGUCGAUGGAGUGGCCGAUGAAGAGGAAAACAUCACCACCAGAGUGGUCCGCCGCAGAGUCAUCUUUAAGGGCGAUGAGGUUGAAGAUCUUCCUGGGGAUCAUGUAAGCGAGGAACAGUUCACGGACGAACAUGGAAACAUUGUUACAAAAAAGAUUGUGCGUAAGGUUGUGCGCAGAGGGAAGGGUUCAGGUGAGGAGGGAGUUCAGGAGUUGAGCCUGGAGGGUUCUCUGCAGGACGCCAACGAGCUGGAGGUUGAUGCUGAGCAGUUCAUGAGCUACGCCAUCCUGGGCCGGGACAGCAGCAAGCCCGAUACUGUGGAUGUGAAGAAAGGUGCUCAGAUAGUGAAAUGUGCCAGUCUGCGGAGAGUUAAGCAGUGAGGCAGAGUGAGUGCUGCGUCCCCGCAGAGCUCUCCACAGGAUUCAACCCCUUCACCAAAACCAUCCUACAUGGACACAUGACCAGCAGCAGCUGACAGGAGGAAGAACACAUACAAAGGCAAACAGACCAUGACAACCAUAAAUGGUUGCCGACUAUCAGCACGCACCGGAAAGAAGGAUACGGAUUUACUUGUAGUUUUUAUUACCUUCUUUUUUUCUUUUCUUUUUUAAAGAAACCGUGGAAAAAAAACAUGUACUAUUAGGCUAGAAGCAUGAUUUCGUAUAAAACAUAAAAACCCAAAAGAAACAAAAAAAACUAGCAACCAAAACGUGCUUCCUGUAAUCUGUAUCAGCAUGAGUGACUGCUGCCGCAUGGCCUGUCUUUAACUACAAAUACUGAGGGAAUAUAAAGGGUGGGUAAAAGGGUGGGAGGGAUGGGGAGGACACACUGCUGUAUGGGACAGUGAUGCAAAGUAGGGUAUGGUCAUUACUGGCCCGUUUUCUAAACCAACGGGGAAAAGUCUAUGAGUCAAACUUAAGAAAGGGGGAGACUAAAAUACUGAGAAUUACAUAAUCUCUAGGCAACAGGUUACUCCUCCCUGCCACUCUCUUCCAGCUAGGAGCAUCACAAACUAGUUUAAACCUGUCCCAGUGCUCUCAAAGUCCAAUAAAGCUACAAUUAUCACCCAAGGAUAUCAGUGUUGUACAUAAUAUCGUAUGCACUAAAAUGCUCUACGUGACUGUGUGUUACAUGUGUUAUUUAUGUUAUAAGAUCCCUAUGCGAUGUCACUAUUGCUGCUGUUUCAGGUACAUAAGAAAUUUCUCCCUGUUUUUCUCGUUUGGUUCGUUCGGUCUGAACCUAUAUAUUAUUCUAUAUAUCUUGAGAUCUUUGUGUGUACAAGAACAUGCAAAUGUGUCGCUCUGCUUGUUUUUAAAUGUCGGAUUUUUGUGCGUCAGGUUGUUUGUUUCUUUGUGCUUUUCAUGUGCUUUCACCCCUUGCUUUUGACAUGUCAAACUGUAGAGGGCAGACAUACUGUAAGUCGUUUACUGUACUGUGGGUUUUUGAGCUUUGGGAGGCUGGUUUCUGCAGUGAACAUGCCUCCCUGCCUUUCCCUCAGAGUGGUUUGUCUUGUGGAGAGGGUGACAAAGAGAUAUAUGAUGAGUGAUAGAUUAACCUACUCUACCAUCCCAAUCCUCUGCCUUUUCUUGUACCCUGUGUGCUGUAUAUCCUCGUGAGGUUUCUGUUAAUCAGAUGUCUGUCUGAGCCAAAAUCCCAAUACCCUCAAUCUUCCCUUAUUACCCUACCUCUUACCUCUCACCCCUGCAGUCAGCCUCUCAGAGUAGAUGUAGCAGUCCUGUUCACCUCCAGCAGGGGGCAGGAUCCCACUUCAGCUCGUAGCAGUAUCUGUUUGACCUCAUUGUGCAGUAUAUGACACUACCACACAGAAGGUGCACUUAUAGACCAUCUCACCACCACCAUCCCCAGAAGAUGUCACAUGAUGAGAGUAAAGUAGCUGAAAUACUGGUAAUAAUGUAGCACUGGUUUGACUGGGUAAAAGAUGAAGAGUAAGCUGGAGAAAGGAAAGUGUUGCGUCGAGGGCCGAGGACGUGUUGAGCUUUGAUGUUUGUCGCCUUGGCAAUUGUUUGGAGUGUAGCAAAGACAGUCAGUCACCAAUCACUGUGAUGAGAAACUGUAAUACUGACCCGCAACUGUGAGCCUGACCCUUCCCGAAGAGUGUCUCUCGUUUCACUCCUUUCUUUAGUGUUCUGUCUUUUUUUGUCAUGAUUUACUGUCUUAACUGUACUGCAGAAUAAGCAAUAACUGCUUACAAAAGGAAAGGAUUGUUUGUGUGAGUGUGUUUGAGUGUAUUUUUGUGAUAGAGAGGAUUUUAGGGUCAUAGUUUGUGUUCUUCCUAAACUCUGGCUUUCAAUCCGUUAAUCACAGCUUUAGGCUACUCCUCACUCCACUCAGAAAUGAUGUCAGUACAUUAGUAUCCCACGUUUCAUCACUUUGCCUCUCUAGAAGAAAAACUAUUAAGUUUUACACAAAGAUUGGGCAAAUAUUGGUAUGACCAGCCAUCCCAUCUGCAAAGUGCCCAGUGUUUUUUUUUUUGUUACUCAUCAGGGAAUGUAGGUUGUUUAUUCAUAGCUUUUAAACCUUCAUUCAUAUGCACCUUGAAAGAAAUCCUAUCGUGUGUGUGUGUGUGUGUGUGGGUGUGGGUGUGGGUGUGUGUGUGUGUGUGUGUGAUUUUAAUAUCACAUAUUCAGUCCUGGAUAUUGGAACAUGUCAAAGUUGUGAUAAUAUUGCAAAUGGACAAAGACCAGAGGCUCUCAGAUUAAAACUAAUUCACAUAUUUUUUUAAAAGUUGAUUUACCUCAAUAAGCGUGCCAUCUUACAUUAUAUCAAUUACAUACAUGCAUUUAUUUCAAACAUUACAUUAGACAUAGAAUGCUUUAUUAUGUCGCAAAAACGUUGCAAUAAUCACCAAUCAAAAUGUGUUAGUUUUAGUAAGGCUUCACAGCCAGAGAUGAUGAAUGUAAAGUCUUGUUAUGAAGUAGUCCCCUGUAUGGGCUCUGUACUUUAAUAGAUGAUAGGGUAUUCACUCUGUUGUUUCAACUCAGUAUCUGCUGUUGAUCAUCAACAUUCAUUACAAACAUACAUAUAAUUCAUUGAAGAGGAGAGAUUUAAAGAGAAGCCUCAAAUAGGUUGUGGACGUUUUAACAACUCUUUAUCAGAUAUUAUUUCUAUUUUAUUAUCUUUUCUAAUAACUUCAAAAAAUUAGAUGUCAAUAAAGAUUACACAGCAGUGUAAUAAUGUAUGACCCCUUAUGUCAUAGCAUACGAUUUGCUCUAUAAGGGCUCAUUAUUAUGGUAUGCUUGGCUUGGUUUCUGAAGCAGGGUCUGUUUAUAAAUUCACUGCUGAUGUCAGGGUUGGAGUGAGGGGAGGGGGUCUGAUGAAAAGACAAUAAGAAGAAGAUUUUGAAGUUAGAUGGCUUAGUAAUUCCGAAGGCUAGUCAAGAUGACAAGCAUUUUUCCUCAACACAACCCACCCCUAAUCUAUUUCUGCCCUCUUAACCAAAUAUAAGACUAAGCCGAUUCUAUAAGGCUUCCACAUGGUCACAGUUUGAACGCAGUUUGAAAGGAGUCCACCUAAGUGCAAGCAGAGGGAGGAGUAGGAACAUCACAGAAAUUAACAAUAGAAAGCCCUGCACUGAGGGACCACUGAGAUGAUGCCAUGCACAAAGUUCAUGCAAAAAUAUUAACUGUUGCAAAAACUAGAGAACACAUGUAUAUUCCUUUAGAAUGGAUUGAAGACAUUAACGCAAUAGCAUAUUACUCAAUACUAAGGAAUGCAACUGCGCACAUGCACAGAAAAUGUUUUUAACAUAAAAGGCUAUAUAUAUGAAAUAUAUGAAAAUAUAUAUAUAUUUACUUAGAAUGCUAUGCACCCUUACUUGUCAACUGGGAUUCUAGUUAUGUUAUGGAUGUACUUUUAGCAUCAUACAGCUGUAGCUACCAAGAGACUGUUGAGUUCUGGGUAAUGCCUGCAACCUGGGGAUAAAAUAGGGUUCUUGUGGGUAUUUUAACCUGUUUUGUUUGCUUUUUUUUAUUGUUAUGGAGAGUAAAACAUGAAUUUAAAAUAUACAUGUAAAAGCCUUUUAAUCCAAUCAAAUCCGAGGACAUCUAAUGACAAAUUACUCUGUACACCAGCUCAACAUUUACAAAAUUAAUAAAGAAAUGAAAUGUC